AUGCGCACGAUUGCGCCUGAGCGCUUCAACGAGCUCGUCGACGGUCUUGCUGGGAUCGAAGCCGAAAAGCAAGUAGCUUCAAACGACGACGCAGCGACACGCUGGCUCGUCUCGAGCUUCCACCCUGAAUCGGAUCGCGUCGCUGUCGAAUCCGCCAAGCUGGAAGAAGAAGAUCGCAUCAGGGAAGAGGAGGAGGAAGCCGUGCAGAACGCCAUGGAUCGUGGCGAGGAUCCCGAGACGGCACGCAAGCUCGGCGCUGAAGCCGACCUGAUCAUCCUUGGCGAGCCGCACGGUCCGUCUGCCAACUGGUCGCGUGGUGUAGCCACCUACCUCGCCGAGAAGGGCCGUGCUUACGAAGCGCCUCCUGCGCCCUCUGCCGAAGGAGCCAUCGAAGCCGCUGAGCAGUUGGAGGCACCUCACGUCGCCAACAGCGUCUUUUUCACGGACGACGACCCGAACCUGAUGCUCUCGCAUGCUCUGGUGCAGUCGACGCUGCCUCUUGCGCUCAAGUGGGACAAGCUGGUCGCCCAGAUGGAUGCCGUCGCGCUCGACGACCCGGCACGGGCCGACGCGGUGGUCGACACCACGAAGCUCGACGCCGAGCUGGAUACGGUGCGCGGCAAGAGGGUCAAGGUAAGCCCGCUGCUCGAGGCACACAACAUCCUGAUGGACAGUGUGAGGAGGAAGAGGAGAAAGAAGAUCAGAAAGCACAAGUACAAGAAGUUGCGCAAGACGCAGCGUGCUGAGCGACAGAGGAUGAAGAAGUAG